UCGAAAAAUUUGGGUGGAUUCCAUCAGAAAUACUAAAUACACUCUAUACAAAUGAUAAUGAAAUAAUAGCGUGCGUUGAACAGGCCCUGCAUAAAGAGAUAUUGUUUAGUAAUGAAGAUUCUGUUCGUAUGGACCGUAUUCUCGUGAUAUUUGGUUCCUUAGACGCGAAAGCAAAAAAAGGGGAUAACGGUACUAGUGAAGAAGUUGAAAAUUUGUCUAAUACUUUGAACCAAAUUGUUCGACGUAUCGCUGGUCAGUUGGAAAUUAACAUGUCCCAUCCCCUUCUUUUGCUGUGGGUGUCCCCAAAUAACAUAUGUAUGCGCGCAUUAAAAGUAUUUAUGGUACAAUUUUAUUUAGACAAGCUUCCAGAUCCACUCAAGUCUACAAAUCAUCUAUCUACGUUUCCUCAAAGUCAUGAUACUCGUCUCUACAAAUUGAUAAGAGACUGCAUGAAUCCACAAUCAGAUUAUAAGACCGUUCGACAAUCUGCU